UUCGCGCUUCGAGCAGAUAGGUAGUUGCAAUUAGAAUUAAAACAAUUUGCUUUGACUCACGGUGUACAUCGUUUCGAGGUCCUGUUAGAACUUUUCAUUUCCAUUGUAUGAUAUUUCGAAGCAUCUUUUCGAAAGUAGUAUCAAGAACCAUGUCAUCGAAAGUGCCGACGGUAAAACUCAACAACGGACAAGAAAUCCCGGUUCUGGGUCUUGGAACAUGGCUUUCCAAAGAAGGAGAAGGUAUUGAAGCGAUCAAAGCAGCCAUCGAUGCGGGCUAUCGUCAUAUCGACACUGCCUAUUUUUAUCAGAAUGAGAAAGAAGUUGGGGAGGCGAUUCGCAUCAAGAUCGAAGAAGGCGUCGUUAAACGCGAGGAUAUGUUCGUGACGACCAAGCUUUGGAGCACUUAUCAUCACCCUGACCACGUGGAGCAGGCUUUCCAGAAGUCGUUGGAAAAUUUGAAUGUCGAAUAUAUUGAUCUUUACUUGAUGCAUUUGCCCAUCGGGUAUAAAUUUGUCGAUUGGGACCCGAAAAACUUGAUGCCGUAUGACGCCGACGAAAAAUUGCAGUUCUCCGACGUGGACUACAUUGAUACUUGGAAGGCUAUGGAGAAAUUGAUGAAGAGUGGAAAAGUCAAGAGUCUUGGCGUUUCCAACUUUAACAGCGAGCAAAUCACACGUUUACUGGCCGAAUGUGAGAUUAAACCGGUUACUAACCAGGUUGAGUGCAAUCCAAGCCUAAACCAGAAAAAGCUGACCGAGUUCUGUAAGGAUUUGGACAUUACAAUCACGGCAUACAGUCCUCUUGGACGCCCGAAUUAUUACGAGAAAGACCCGGAUAAUAUGCCCAAACCUGCGCUGGACGAUCCGAAGGUGGUGGAGAUUGGCAAAAAGUAUGGUAAAACAUCCGGACAGGUCAUUUUGAGAUACCUGGUUGACAUUGGUGUUAUUCCAAUUCCGAAGUCUUCUAAUCCCGAGCGUAUCAAGCAGAAUAUUGAUAUUUUUGAUUUUAAACUGACGGACGAGGAGAUCCAGGUGAUGGAUGGAUUCAAUACUGGGCAGCGCACGGUACCGUUCAACCUCUGUACCGAUCACAAGUAUUUCCCGUUCAAGAUUGAAUUCUAAACUGUAAUUUAUACUGAUUUUAUAAACUAAUAAAGAUCUUUGUUUAAAA